AUGGUCAAGGACACCAAGUUCUACGACUGCCUUGGGGUCCCUCCCACAGCGAGUGACACCCAGCUCAGAAGUGCCUACAAGAAGGGUGCUCUAAAGUUCCACCCUGACAAGAACGCUGAUAACCCCGAGGCCGCCGAGAAGUUCAAGGAGCUGUCCCACGCCUACGAGAUCCUUUCCGACGGUGAGAAGCGUCAGAUCUACGACCAAUAUGGUGAGGAGGGUCUGGAGCACGGUGGCGGCGGUGGUGGUAUGAACGCCGAGGAUCUGUUCUCUCAGUUCUUCGGUGGCGGCGGUGGUGGCUUCGGCGGGAUGUUCGGUGGUGGCAUGCGUGAGACCGGCCCCAAGAAGGCCCGUACCAUCCACCAUGUGCACAAGGUCAACCUGGAGGACAUCUACAAGGGCAAGGUUUCCAAGCUCGCUCUGCAGAAGUCGGUCAUCUGUGCUGGCUGCGAUGGCCGUGGUGGUAAGGAUGGUGCCGUUAAGGAGUGCACUGGCUGCAACGGUAGCGGUAUGAAGACCAUGAUGCGCCAGAUGGGUCCCAUGAUCCAGCGUUUCCAGACCGUCUGCCCCGACUGUAAUGGUGAGGGCGAGAUCAUCCGUGAGAAGGACCGCUGCAAGCGUUGCACUGGUAAGAAGACCAUUGUUGAGCGCAAGGUUCUCCACGUUCACGUCGACAAGGGUGUUCGUGAUGGUCACAAGAUCGAGUUCCGCGGUGAGGGUGACCAGAUGCCUGGUGUUCUCCCCGGUGACGUUGUUUUCGAGAUCGAGCAGAAGCCUCACGCCCGCUUCCAGCGCAAGGGCGACGACCUGUUCUACCAGGCCGAGAUUGACCUGCUUACCGCCCUGGCUGGUGGCAGCAUUCACAUUGAGCACCUCGAUGAGCGAUGGAUGACCGUUAACAUCGCCCCCGGCGAGGUCAUUGUUCCUGAUGCCAUCAAGGUCAUCCCCGGUCAGGGUAUGCCCUCUUUCCGUCACCACGACCACGGUAACCUCUACAUCAAGUUCGACGUCAAGUUCCCCGAGAAGGACCAGCUUCAGAACCUUGACCUCCUCGAGAAGGUUCUCCCUACCCGUACCCAGCAGUGCACACCCCCGGCCGAUGCCAUGGUCGAGGACUUCGAGCUGGAGGGCGUUGAUGGUAGCGAGCCUUCUCAGGCUCGUGCCCACGGUGCUGGCGGCGGCAUGGAUGAGGAUGACGAGGAUGUUCCCCCCGGUGCCGAGCGGGUACAGUGCGCCUCGCAGUAA